UCUCUCUUCUCUCUCUUCUCUCUCUCUCUCAAAUGUCCACCAACACAACCCAACUAAGCACACAUUAUCAUGAUGAAACUCCCUCUGCACCCUGCACUCCAAAAAAGUGAUUACCUUCCUCAUCAAAACCUUCCUACCCUUAAAUUUACCUCUUUGAACACCACCUUCUUCUCAUUCACAACCCCCACCACUCCAAAACCAUGAAACCUUUUCUUUUUUUUCUCAUCACAUUCUCCUUCUUUUUCCAAAUACAGUUACUACUAGUUUCCUCUGCCACUACUCUACCCCUUCAACUCAUAACCCUCAUCUCAAUAAAAUCUUCCCUCAUUGACCCUCUCAAUCACCUCAAUGACUGGAAAAACCCCACUUUCUCAAACUCCAGUGACCACAACCAAGACCCAAAUUGGUGGUGUUCUUGGAGAGGCAUCACUUGCCACCCAAAAACAUCACAAAUCACCUCCUUAAACCUCUCUAACCUAAACCUUUCAGGCACAAUCUCACCCAAAAUCCGCUUCUUAACAACCUUAACCCACUUGAACGUAAGUGGAAAUGGUUUCGAUGGAACUUUCCAACCAGCGAUUUUCCAACUCACGGAGCUUAGAACACUAGACAUAAGCCAUAACUCAUUCAACUCAACUUUCCCACCUGGAAUUUCUAAGCUAAGAUUCUUAAGAAUUUUCAAUGCUUACAGCAACAGCUUCACAGGACCUCUUCCUAAAGAACUAAUCAGGCUUCCAUUUCUAGAACAACUCAACCUAGGUGGAAGCUACUUCAAUGACAUAAUUCCACCAAGCUAUGGAACUUUCCAAAGACUCAAGUUCCUAAAUUUAGCUGGUAAUGCAUUGGAAGGUUCAUUAACACCUCAACUAGGCUUAUUAUCAGAGCUACAACACUUGGAAAUUGGAUACAACACAUUCUCAGGAACAAUACCAGUUGAAUUAACAAUGUUGUCUAAUCUCAAAUACUUAGACAUCUCAUCCAGCAACCUUUCAGGUCAAUUGAUUCCUGAACUAGGAAACCUAACGAUGCUUGAAACAUUGCUACUUUUCAAGAAUCGGUUUGGCGGUGAAAUCCCAUCAAGCAUAGGAAAGUUGAAAUCACUGAAAACUCUUGAUUUAUCAGUCAAUGAACUCACAGGUUCAAUUCCAUCAGAAAUAACAAUGCUGAAGGAAGUAACUGUGUUGAAUCUCAUGGUUAACAAGCUAACAGGUGAAAUUCCACAAGCAAUUGGUGAGCUUCCAAAACUCACCAUUUUCAAUGUUUUCAACAACUCACUCACAGGUACACUACCACAAAAACUCGGUUCUAACGGGUUACUUCAAAGAAUUGAUGUUUCCACAAACUCACUUCAAGGUUCAAUCCCUAUCAACGUUUGCAAAGAGAACAAUCUCCUUAGGAUCAUUCUAUUCAACAACAAUUUCACCAAUAAUCUUCCAUUAUCACUCACAAAAUGCACCUCACUCACUAGGGUGCGUAUACAAAACAACAAACUCAACGGUUCAAUCCCACAAACACUCACGUUGCUUCCUAAUUUAACGUUCCUUGAUUUAAGCAACAACAAUUUCAACGGUGAAAUCCCUCGUGAAUUAGGGAACCUUGAGUACUUGAACAUCUCAGGAAACUCGUUUCAAAGCCAUUUACCUAACAACAUUUGGAACGCGAGUAAUCUACAGAUUUUCUCAGCUUCGUUUUCGAAAAUCAAAGGUCAAAUUCCAGAUUUCGUUGGAUGCAAAACCAUGUACAAGAUUGAAUUGCAAGGGAAUUUCAUCAACGGUACUAUUCCUUGGGAUAUAGGUCACUGUGAGAAACUAAUUCUGUUGAAUCUAAGUAGAAACUUUCUCACCGGAAUCAUACCUUGGGAAAUCUCGACGCUUCCUUCAAUCACCGACGUUGAUCUCUCGCAAAACUCACUCACCGGAACUAUACCUUCAAGCUUCAACAACUGUUCCACUCUCGAGAAUUUCAACGUCAGUUUCAACUCCCUCACCGGUCCUAUACCUUCCUCGGGCGUCUUCACCAGCCUUCAUCCUUCGUCCUACUCCGGCAACGAAAACCUCUGCGGUCGUCUGUUAGCCAAGCCUUGCGCUGAAGACGUACUCUCCGCCGGCGAGAACGAACUCGAGAUACACCGCCAAGAACCAAAGAAAACCGCCGGCGCAAUCGUUUGGAUUAUCGCGGCGGCAUUCGGAAUCGGACUGUUCGUCCUCGUCGCCGGAACACGUUGUUUCCACGCGAAUUAUAACCGUCGAUUUAACGGAAACGAAAGUAACGGCGAAAUCGGACCGUGGAAGUUAACAGCGUUUCAGCGGUUAAAUUUCACGGCGGAGGACGUACUGGAAUGCGUGUCUAUGUCCGAUAAGAUAUUAGGAAUGGGGUCCACUGGAACGGUUUAUAAAGCGGAAAUGCCAGGUGGAGAAAUCAUAGCCGUGAAACAACUAUGGGGAAAACAAAAGGAGAGUAAAAUCAUAAGGAGAAGAGGCGUUUUAGCUGAGGUGGAUGUAUUGGGGAACGUGAGACACAGAAAUAUAGUGAGAUUGUUAGGGUGUUGCAGCAACAGGGAGUGUACAAUGCUGCUUUACGAGUACAUGCCAAAUGGGAACCUCGAUGAUUUGUUACAUGCAAAGAAUAAAGGGGACAAUAUGGUUGCUGAUUGGUUUACAAGGUAUAAGAUAGCUUUGGGUGUGGCUCAGGGGAUAUGCUAUCUUCACCAUGACUGUGAUCCUGUUAUUGUUCAUAGGGAUCUUAAACCUAGUAACAUUUUAUUGGACGCUGAUAUGGAGGCUAGAGUAGCUGAUUUUGGUGUUGCUAAGUUGAUUCAAACGGAUGAGUCCAUGUCUGUCAUUGCUGGAUCCUAUGGUUACAUUGCUCCAGAAUAUGCUUAUACACUACAAGUUGAUGAGAAGAGUGAUAUUUACAGCUAUGGAGUUGUGUUAAUGGAAAUUUUAAGUGGAAAACGUUCAAUGGAUCAAGAAUUCGGCGAUGCAAAUAGCAUCGUAGAUUGGGUUAGGUCCAAAAUAAAAACUAAAGACGGUAUAGAUGGUAUAUUGGACAAGAAUGCAGGGGCAAGGUGUAGCUCAGUGAGGGAAGAAAUGAUACAAAUGCUUAGAAUUGCAUUACGUUGUACAAGUAGAAAUCCAGCUGAUAGACCUUCAAUGAGAGAUGUUGUGUUGAUGCUGCAAGAGGCCAAACCUAAAAGGAAAUUGCUUGGUAGUGUUGUUGUAUGUGCUAGUGACAAUGUUGUUGGUGGAGGUGAUAUUCCAUUGGCACAAAAGCCAACCAAUGAAAGCUAGGCUAAUAUAAUAUAUAUAUAUAUAUAUAUGUUCAUAAGAUUGAAAUGGUUUUUUUUUUCUUUCUAUUUUCUAUUUCUUUUUGGAUAUUUUUCUUAUUGUGGGGGAUUGGUAUAGGAGAAAGUGAUUUUCUGUUUUUAUUUUCAAUGAAAUUUUAAGUGUUAUUUGUCCUAGGUUUGUCAUGACUCUUGUUUGAGUAAUGUUUAUAUAUUAAGAAGUGUGCGGCAAAAAUGGAUGAUAUGUACGAUUGUCUUGGAUCAGUAA